AUGGAGAUGGAUGAAAUAAUUUCGAAUAAGAAAGAUUUGUAUUUACCCAAAGAUAUUUUGACUGUGCGUUGUAAGUUUUGGAUUGGCGAACAUAAUGCUAUAAAAGUCGAACCAAUAUGUGCCCGAACUCGCAUCGGAGUCGAACACAUUUCUUUUCUUCAUGUAAUUGAAAAUUUCAGCACACUUAGAACAAAUCUCAAGAAAACAGUACACAUUCCAUUUCAUUCAAAGAACAAAAAAGGCAUAUCAAAUAGUGUAUACUGCUCUGGUGGUGUACGUUGCGAAGAAAAGAUAAUGUUUCAAAUCACAUCCGAUCCUAACCAGAUUCUCUUCAAAUAUAAAGUUUCUUUGUUAGACUCUUCUGGAAAUAUAAUUAAAUGCACAGAUGAAGAUAAUAGAUUUGAUGGUAAUAGAAAAGAGAUUGGACACUUUCCUCUAUCUCUCUCAAAGGAUGCAAUAAUAUGCAAGAAAAGAUAUUAUCUACCAGAUGAUAGACUUUCUUUGCUUUGUGAAUAUGCAUUUACAACAGGAAUUGAAUUUCAGAAAAUUGAGGGAAUUGAAAGUGAAACAAUUGUGACGAAUAUUGAACAAUUGCGUAACUAUUCGCAUAUUAAAGAGAAGUUACUUGCGUGUCCUAGUGCAUUGGCUGAGCUGAAAGAUUUUUACAGCAACAAGUACCUCACCGAUGUGGAGCUCAAGACAGAAACAAAUUCAUUUCCGGCUCAUAAAAUUGUGUUGUGUGCUAGGUCCCCUGUAUUUAAAGCCAUGAUGGACAAUGACAUGAAAGAGAAAAACUCAAAAUCUAUUCAAGUGGAUGAUUUGGAAGAUGAUACUGUGCAAAAGCUUUUGUUCUUUCUGUAUUCCGACAGCCUCGAAAAUGUGUCGUGGGAAACUGCCAUUAAAGUGUAUUAUGCCGCGGAUAAAUACCAAAUCGAAAAAUUAAAGCUCAUGUGUUCCUCUUUUUUGAUAGAAAAUCUCACUGUAUCGACAGCCACCGAACUUUUAAUUCUAGCAGAUACCCACAAUGACUGCGAUCUCAAAAAGAUUACGGAAGAUUUCAUUCUGGAGUACGAUGAACAAAUUUUUAGUGCAGAAAAAUGGGGUGAGUUAUUGGAAACAAACCUUCAGCUGGCUGCCAGCACGAUGCAUUUGAAGUACAAGACAAAGAAGUAG